GAGUCGCCCCCCCACACACACACACAGACACAAACACACACACACACACACACACACACACACACACACACACACACACACACACACACACACACACACACACACACACACACACACACACACACACACACACACACACACACACACACACACACAGCAGAUUACAAGCUGGCCUCCUGUGGCUGCCCUCUAUUAAACAAUUAACAGAGGUCAAGGCAUUUACACACUUUCUUUACAAAGCCUGCUGAGUGUUUACGGGACAUGCCAGUUGGCAUUGGUUGGUUAAUCAACAAGAUCUUCAACACAAAGAGUUAUUUUUAUAGUUUGUAUUGUUAAUAUUAAUAGUGCAGCGCCCCUUUCAAAAGUUCAAAACAUUCCCGUUUGGAGCAGAAAGAAUGUUUGGCCUCCAGUAUUGCUGCUCGCAGCUUUCUCAAGAACCGCCACUUCAAACUACCUCCCCCUUGACACUGCACUACCCUGGGUCCUCAGAAACACACCCGCCAAGUGUGAAGCCCAUCGGAGGAAUGGUUGGCCGAGCAAAACGAAGGACAUACAUUAUAUGCAUACAGGCAGACAUACGUACAUACGUACAUACAUACAUACAUACAUACAUACAUACAUACACACAUACAUACAUACAUACAUACAUACAUACAUACAUACAUACAUACAUACAUACAUACAUACAUACAUACAUACAUACAUACAUACAUACAUACAUGCAUGCAUACAUACAUACAGACAGACAGACAGACAGACAGACAGACAGACAGACAGACAGACAGACAGACAGACAGACAGACAGACAGACAGACAGACAGACAGACAGACAGACAGACAGACAGACAGACAGACAGACAGACAGACAGACAGACAUACAUACAUACAUACAUACAUACAUACAUACAUACAUACAUACAUACAUACAUACAUACAUACAUACAUACAUACAUACAUACAUACAUACAUACAUGACAUACAUACAGACAUUGUACAUACAAACAUUAUAUACAGACAUACAGGCAGACAUACAUACAGUACAUACAGGCAUGCAUUCAGACAGACAGGCCGACAGACAUAGGCAUACACACAUACAUACAUUACAUACAGGCAUACAGACAUACAUAUAUACAUGCAUACAUAUAUAUAUAAAUACGAACAUACAGAGAACAAGACGUGAACAUACAAUACUAUAAUAUGUUAUUAUUAUAUAAAUCAAGACACACAGUUGCCUCUUAAGAAACCACCAUAUAUCUACGUUGAUUAUAAUCAUUUAAAUCUGUUACCCUUAGAGGCUUUGUCUCUAUUGCCCCCGGUAGUAAAAUGUAUGUAUUUCUGGCCCAGUCAUUCCCGGUUACAGAGCUCUUUAAUCUGGGUUGCAUAAGCCCUGUGACUGUGCGGUUGAAGGUAUUACCAUGCCCUUGAUGUCCUCGAUGCUGUAUAGCUGUGGUGGAAGCUAAUAUGAUUCAGUAGAUGAGACUUCUAGUAAGGAGGGUUUCCCGUAGACAAAAGCCUCUUAAGCGCAGAUGAGUGGAGGAACCCUGGAAAACGUACAUUUACGUUGCCUGAGCACAAAAAGCUUAAUACGAUUAUUAGUCAAGGGUUGAGUUACCAUUGAUGUAACAUACUUUUUUCCGGGCUGAGGCCAUAUAAGGACUUGUCUUUACCUCUCUCUGUAAACAAGUACAAUAUAGGAGCGUGUACAUUGUUGACCCUGCUCUCUCUCUCUCUCUCUCUCUGCAGUACUACUGGCUCUUUGUCCUCUCCCGAGGCCUGGUGGGGAUCGGGGAGUCCAGCUACUCGUCCAUCUCGCCCACCAUCAUCGGAGACCUGUUCACCAACAACAGCCGAACCAUGAUGCUGUCUAUCUUCUACCUGGCCAUUCCCCUGGGGAGCGGCCUGGGCUACAUCCUGGGCUCUGGAGCUAAGGAGGCAGCUGGAGACUGGCACUGGGCGCUCAGGGUGUCCCCCCUGCUGGGCAUCACGGCGGGGGCUCUGAUCCUGCUCUUUGUCCCGGAGCCCAAGAGAGGCAGCGCCGACCAGGACGGCCGCGUCAAGGCCCGCUCCUCCUGGUGCUGCGACAUGAAGGCCCUGGCCAAGAACCGGAGCUACGUGUGCUCGUCUCUGGCCUCGGCGGCCGUCUCCUUCGCCACCGGGGCGUUCGGCAUGUGGAUCCCUUUGUACCUGUACCGCGCCCAGGUGGUCCAGAAGACCGCCGAGGUCUGCUCUAAAGACAUAUGCAGCAGCAAAGACAGUUACUUGUACUCCAGCCUGAUCUUCGGCGCCAUCACCGUGGUGACGGGGCUGCUGGGCGUGGCCAUCGGCCUGGCGGCCACGCGCCUCUGCAGGCAGCGCACGGAGCGAGCGGACCCCUUGGUGUGUGCCGUCAGCAUGCUGGGCUCGGCCAUCUUCAUCUGCCUCAUCUUCGUGGUGGCCAAGAAGAGCAUCGUGGGGGCUUACGUGUGUAUCUUCAUAGGGGAAACGCUGCUGUUCCUCAACUGGGCCAUCACGGCGGACAUUUUGAUGUUUGUGGUGAUCCCGACGCGGAGGGCAACAGCCGUCGCCUUCCAGAGCUUCACCUCCCACCUGCUGGGCGACGCGGGCAGCCCCUACCUCAUCGGCCUGAUUUCGGACGCCCUCCAGCAGAGCUACGCCACCUCGGUGCUGUGGCAGUUCCUCAGCCUGGGCUACGCCCUGAUGCUGUGCCCCUUCGUCAUCGUGCUGGGGGGGAUGUUCUUCCUGGCCACCGCCCUCUUCUUCCUGGAUGAUCGGGAGAAGGCUGAGAAGCAGUGAGUGACGUACACACACGCCGUCGUCGGGAUGGAUGCCUUCCCCCUAUUCAUGGUCAUUACAUUUACAUUGAGGGCAUUCAGCACACGCUUUUAUCCAAGCGACUUACAAUAAGUACAUGUGUCAGAAGAAGGAGACACAAUAUGUGGAUGUCGGAACAGUAAGGAUGUUCAUAGAGCCAAGUGCCAAGCACUAACAAUCGCUAGGGUAACCCAUUUCACGUAUACAACAAAGAUAGCUAGAAUAAGAUGCUAAGAUGCUAACUACUUUUCAUUACCGCCAUGACUACCAACACCUCUCCAUACUCAAACCGCCACGUCACGUCCCUUCCUCUUUCGCUAUCUUAUCAACCUGAAGUAUCCCAUUUAUUUUGUGUAGAUAAUAAUAUAUAAUCAGCCUUUGAUUUAGCCAGAGAAGCUCAACUGAGUUCAAGGACAGUCUUUUAAUGAAUACAUGAGACAACAUGGCAGGGCAAAAACACACAGUAUGGAUAAUGGCGUACGGUAGAAAAUGUAUUUAAUGUAUUCAGAGUAGGUAUUAUUCAAUAAGCCGAAUUAGGAAUUUAACGAUUACACAGCAUGGAAACACCAACAAUAAAAUAAAAAUACUUCAAAUAAAUUUAACGUAAAUUAUAAUACCAAACUAAUUAUAUUUCACAGUUGCAACAUCAUUAAUGUUCUGGGCAUCACUGAGAGGCAAGAUGCUGGGGUACCGGGGCUCAAGAGCAACAAGCCCUCCGGCUCCUCUCGUCACCGAACCUCAGAGUCACUGCAUAUGACCUAAGACUCAGUAGCACUCAAGGCUCCCCUGACGCCCGCCCUAGCCAGACCCAGGAAGACCCCUGAAGCUGAAAUGAAGUCCAGAGUCAGCAUUCUUGUACUCCGGCAGCAGCUGUCUCCAGCUCUUCCACCGUCCCCACAUCAAUGUGUUAGAGGACGAGUGUGUUACGGAAUAUCCUUCCCUCUCCAUAUCCCUGCGUCCAUGUCCCCUGCCUGAACACAGACCUAUCGAACAAGCAAGAGGCUAGCGAGGACCUUAAAAGGUUAAGACAAACACCACUCAUCCUCUCUGGAACAUAGUGGCUGUUUUUUUUUUUCAUUUUUAUCAUGUUGACUGACUUGUGUGGUCUUUGGGAAAUGACUUCCUUCCUGUUGAAAAGGAAGUCAUUUUGAAAGUGAGACAUUUUUAGGCAGGGUGGUGGUUUUGUUGGGUGAUGCGUUUAUCAGUCUAGUUUUUCCCCAUGUGAUGGAACCACAGUCCAUGCCGGAGAAGUCUUAAGCAGAACCCGAGCAUUCCAGUGUGCUUACACGUCUAUUUAGGGGUUAGGGUUGUUCCAAAAACAUAUGAACUCCAUACGGUUGUUCAAAUCCCAAAAUGAAGGGGUUCUGUGAAAAGAUCAACUCCCCUACAUACUGUGUACUAUUCUGGUUGCCUACUACCGCCCUCCAAUCAGGUAUCUCCACACAGGGCUGUAAUACGGAGGAUACAACUCAGAACCUAGGAGCGGUCGUGGGUAAGUGGGGAAGCCAUCCUGUCACCACCAGUUGUUGGUAUCGAGCCAAGAAAAUAGGAAAAGAGAAGCAGAACAAUGAGAAGGAAAGAGAAACAGUUUGGAGGGCUGCCUGCGUGACAGUGGAAGAUAGUGCGCUGUGGUUAUGGUAUGUGGUAUGAAUUAGCCCACCACAUUAUUGGCCCCGGUGUACAUGCUAUAUCUGACCGCCAUCUUAACUCACAUCCUACACACAGCGGAAUGCUCACAUGCCAGCGGAUUUAGUGAAGGGGAAGGGAUACAGAAAGCGCAGGGCUCAUUUUUUAGAUUAGGAGCAGAAGUUCGUGCAUCAAAGCGUGAGUGAAAGUGAUCACGUUGUCCCCGGUUUUGGCGGUUUUGAGUCGAACUUGGAGUAUGGGUUUUACGGGAGAAUGGAAAUGCCUCUCUCAGCCUGCUUUACAAUUAUGAUACAAGUUUGUUUGUGACAAACUGCUGCUACAGUUUUAUAUUUUAUUAUGUACGGGAUCUAUUAAUAACAGAGCUUUCCCUAAAACAUUUAAACCGUUUAAUGAUGCCGUUUAAUGAUGCAUAAUUAAGUACAAUUCCAAAAAAGAUUGAUAAUUUGUUUACGCAGGGCAUGUUUCCUUAAAAAAUCGGCCAACUGUUGAAUCACACGCUCACUUCUCAGAGUCUUCCAUCAUUAAUUCAUCACACGCUACGUUGUACCACGAAACACUCUGAUUUAGGAGGCAAGCGCACCACU